GGCGGGGGUUUGUUGUCGCGCGCGCGCCGAUCAUUUUUUUCGCACGUGCCGCUCAUUUGGCUUGCACUUUCAGGGAGUGUUGUAAAGCUCCCGCGCGCGCCCCCGCUUGUAGCGCUGUACAAGCCGCGCCGCGCGGAGACGAGAUGUCGGCGAUAUCCUGUGCAGCGGACAUUCUUCCCGCCUCGAGGAGUUGUUGCUCUUCGAUAAUUGCGUGGAAGGCACUGAUUAGACACCCUUGCCGCGCGGAUCUCGCUGGCGUUUUGUCAGUUUCGCAAACGACAAACGUGUCGAUCGGAGGACCGAUCAGGGCCCAGCCCUUGUCCCGCGUCGAUGCUGUAGCCGCCGCCGCCGCUGCCGCGGCCGCUGCUGCUGCUGCGCCUGCUUCUUCUUCGCGUAUUAGUACCGGGGGUAACUCGAAAAGCGGGAGCGGGAGGAGGGGAUCGGUGAUACUCUCGGGAUUGGGAACCUCAGCGACGAGGUCAACGUGGUCGACGUGUCUGUCGUCCUGCUCAUCUUCGCUCGUUGGAUUUUCGUUGUCGUCAUCGUCGUCGUUGUCGUCGCGGGGGCUGGGAAGGCGCUUCAGGCGAUUGCACGUGAGGGGAGCCGCGGCGGGCAGUCCGCAAAGCGAUAUGGCGACGGCUACCGUUGACGGCAACACUUUAGAUGUGGCCAUCAAGGCGGCGACUGGACGUCCCGAUCUGGUCGGCGAUUGUCCCUUUUCACAGCGAGUGACGAUGACCUUAGAGGAGAAGGGAAUCAAGUACAAUCCGAUACUCGUUGACACGUCCAACAAACCAGAAUGGUUUCUGGAGGCGAAUCCCUCGGGCAAGGUGCCUGUUAUAAAAUACCAAGACAAGUGGAUUGCUGAUUCAGAUGUCAUUGUCGGCAUUCUUGAGAAAGAUUUUCCGGAGCCGUCUCUUGCCGUCCCAGAUGACAAAGUCGUAGGUCCGUUUGUAAAUGGAGACAAAAUCUCGUCCGCUGAUAUGAGUUUGGUCCCAAAACUCUAUCACUUGCGCAUUGCGCUGAAGCACUACAGGGGAUGGAGCAUUCCGGAAGAUCUGAAAAACGUGCAUGCCUACAUCAAGGCGACAGAAUCACGUGACAGUUUUCAGAAGACGGCUGCUGCUGAAGAGUACGUCAUCAAGGGGUGGGAGAAACAUGUUGUAGGCUAAAUGGCCAUUUGUCUGCCAUCUGGAAGCGGAUGGAGAGAUUCCUGCCAUUUGUGGACCUUGCCCUGAAGAUACCCAGGUGCUGUCCGGCAGUGGAAAGCCCGUCCCGUCUCUAGGGGUUGCCAUUAAGCCGCAUGGCAAAAACAGCAUGCAGCUUUCGAAAAAUAGAAUGAAAUUUGGAACAAUAUUUUUUCUCCUACUGUUGUCUUGUACUCUUAUCCUUCUCCUUCUCUUCUCCGUCAGCGCCUCCUCCUCCUCUGUCUUUUCCUCCUCAUGAUGAUGAUGAAUCUGAUGAUCCUCCUCCUGCAGCAACUUCUCCUUCUUCUCCUCCUUCUGAUGAUCCUCCUCCUGCAGCAACUUCUCUUUCUUCUCCGCCUCCUGCUCCUCCUCUUUUCCUUCUUCUCCUCCUGCUCCUCCUCCUCCUCUUCUUCUUCUUCUUCUUCUUCUUCUUCUUCUUCUUUGGCUUCGGCUUCUUCUUCUUCUUCUUCGACUUCUUCGGCUUCUCCAGCUUCCGCUGCAUCUUACCAGUACCACUGCAACUACGACAUCUACUACUACUGCUACUUGGUCCUCUCCUGUAAAUGAAUACACAAUUGGGAUUAUGGGGCUUGGUGCACCCGUUUCCAUCUGCCAACAUUUUGAAUGUAUCAGGACCUUCAGUGGUCCACAUACAUUCAAAAGGUUGGCAAUUGGUGAGCGGUGCGGCAAGCCAGUGUGUGUGCUGAAAUUCAUUAAACUUGUAUAUAUGCUUGUUUAUAGCAAGAGCUGUGUAACACACGUGUGCAUGAAUGAGAAACAAGCAUAUAAACUAAAGGGCAAAUUUCAAAAUUCAAACAGCAGAGCAGGGUUUACAGUGGAGUUAGAACAGCAUGGCAAACUUUCAAAAUUUUCAAUUUUGUAAUCUGCACAGUUGCAAACACAACCAUGGAACUGACCGGCCACAGGGCCCCGCAGGCCCCCAGGGUCUUUUUUUGCCGUCGAACAUAAGCCGUUAAAAACAAGGACCCCCCACUUUUCAGCCCCAUUUAAUCUCCUCAACCCUGACAAGUGUAUUGCACAGUCGACUGCAGGGCUGUUUAUGAACAGUUGAUGAUGAUGGGGGUACCGUUCAGCCACAUGGUUGCAGGAUGCCUUGAGCAAUGCUCCACUGCACAACUUCAAAAAGGUAUCUGCUAUGGAGCUGGCAGAGAGAUGAGGUGCUCAAAUUAACUAUGUGGUAAGAGCGAGUUUUGAUAUCGUAUCGUCACCACAUUGCCAAGAACAGCAUGGCAUGAACGAUGCAUCAGACCACCUCCUCGCUCUACUCGGCCCUGUCUUGGUAGUUUGGAGUUUGGAGGUCACCCCCGUAUGCAGAGUCUGUCCCUUGACAACGUUAUCACGGACCUCCGGACUCAGGUUGUGUAUCGGAAAAAAAAUGUUUAAUUAAAUCUUAAAAGAAAUCGAAGAUAAACCGAAGGCCAAGUCCCCAAACGAUUGGACCUCGGGCCAAGUCCGCCCCUCGCGUAGAGCCCAUAGUACCAACGAGUGUUGCCAUGGAGAAAUCUUAUGCAUGGUGUCGAGUCACUGAUUUACUUUGUAGCUGUCUGACGGAAUCCGUCUGGAAUCGGAAUAUGCUUAUGCCAUCUUCGGGGCUCUGAUGUCACCGUGAUCUCGGGAGCUGGACUGUUGCAGAGCUUGACGUGUAUUCCCUUCAUGCAGGCCCAGUAGAGGGGGGUACCCUGCUGAGCCUUCUGGAUGCGUGUUCUAGGCGGUACAGCACCUGCAAAUCAAGCUGUCACGAUGAUAUCGGGAGCGGGACUGUUGCGGAGCUUGACGCGUAUUACCUUCGUGCAGGCCCAGUAGGGGGUACCCUGCUGAGCCUUCUGGAGGUGGGUUCCAGGUGGUGUAGCACUUGCAAAUCAAGCCCUUAUGCCAUC